CGUAACCGUCCAUCGCAGGCGUCUCUUCACACGCACCUUACGCUCUCGUUUCGGUUCAAAAUCGGUCAAGUGCCUCCCCUCGCUGGCACUGGCACUGUAAGGAAAUUCUGAAAGAUCCGUACGGUCGACGGUUUACCCCUCCGAGUGGCUCCAGGCCAGCCAGUACACGCCAUAAUGGGAAACUACAGAUUGGAAAUUAUCCACAUCCUACUCUGUCUGACGUUCGAACUGUUCACCUACUUUGUGCUGUGCUUCAAUCUGAUUCGAACCUACCUAGAACACCACCAGCAGCAGCGGGAUAUCGAGUGGUCCUCCUAUUUGCCACGAUUCUAGGGGGAAAAUCGCCGCGUGCUUCAACCCGACAACACAGCAUUUGCGGUUCGGUCCAUCAUCCGCCGGCGGAGUGGAUCGUGAUAAACAGCUAAUUAGUUCGCAGCUAAAACUACCAAUUAAAAUGAACAAUGUGAAAGACACCCAGUAUCUUCUGCUGCCAAACAAAAGUGCAAGUGUAAACAACAGCCAACAGCAGCCGGUAAUCGUAAUCGAACUCGCUAGCCGAAGCGUGGAAGUUAGUUGAAAGUGAAUUGGGUGGGUUGGUUAUUGUUACGGAACCGCCAAUAACAGCAUGAAAAAACAUUACAGUGUAGAAAUAGCCGGCAAACAUGGUCGGUCUCCGUCCAACAUAUUGGACAAAAUUACCCGACGGUAUUCGGCACUCGGGAGUCGGUUGAUGCGAAAAUCCCCGGGCAGAAAAAGCAGUGUUGCCGAACCGAUCACCGGCAGUUAUGACAUGACGGGGAGCCGAUCGGAGGAUUUUCGACCGGAGAUCGGCGUCCCGAUUUUGAUCUCCAAAACGACCAAAUUUAACUUUGAUGACGAUGUGGAAAAACCAAUCGUUGCCGUUUCCCAGCAACAGCAGCAACAGGAGUCCCAACGUCUUUCGCAAUCUCCUGUUCCGGUUUCGGUUGCCACCCGAUCGACGUCAGACGACAGCGAAAACGAUGUCUUCGUCGAUGCCAACAGUUCACUGCCAAACUUUAACGAUAUCAAAUUCACGUUCCUAUCGGAAAACAACAACAACUACAGCACCUACCUGGACGAAAACGACAAACAAUUCCAUCAGCGACGGAUCCGCUCGAAGUCGGCACAAAACCUGCACCAAACCGAUCUUCGUUUGCUGUUCGAGAAAGCACCUUCGAUGAAUCUAUCGACUGCCACGAGUAACGGCGUAACGCUAACUACCUCCAGUACCGUUCCGAACAGCCCCGCUGUGGACAGCAUUUACGAUUUCCCUCGUAGCGCUAAGUUGGGCAAUUCAACGUGUGACCUUGAACACGCCCAUCUCAUACUGAACGAAAUCGACAUCUCCCUAGUCAGCGAAGGUGACAUCAACACGACCACCCAUCUGUACCAUAAUCUGCCAAACGGAAACCACGUUACCUCUUCGAAUGGUGUUAUGCACAACCACGCCUUCGAUUACUCCGGCAGCAAUCAGAGUCUGCACUCCAGCAGUACCCAGGAGGAAGAGUUCGAUCUUAAGUCCGCCAGCUUUCAGAGUCUGGAAGCGCGACAUCUGUUCCUGUCGAUAGAAGAACUGGACGAAAUCACCCGUCAGAUCAACGAAGCCGAAGUGUUCAAGGAGGAUAACAACGAGUACUGCGAACACCGCAAGCAGCUCCAUCCGUGUGAACGUCGACUCACGCUGCUGAAGAACAAAACCAGCGGCAAGCAUUUUAUUGAUUUCGACAGAAAAAAGGCUAAACUGACACGCAAAUGGAGUGGCUUCAAACAUUGGAUAGGUGAAGAGCAGGACAAAAUUCGUGAAGUGGUCCAGAAGCAUGCUGCCAUGCAGCGAGUUGGGGGGGAAAGUGGCAAGCACGGUACAGUGGGUUGUGGUAAAACGUCGUCAUCCCGACAGGGCAGUGAUGUUGGUGCUGAUAACGAGGCGUCCGUAAUUGUCGAAAGUGAAGUCAACGUGGCGACCUCUAGUGGGGUCAAUAGCGACGUCAAAGAAGGCUCGGCCGAUCCGGGUGAGGAGCGGGAUGAUAGCCAGAAGAAGCGAAAGUCACAUAGUGCGGAGAUCUCGGAGGGCCAGAAUGGCUUCGAAGAGAUCCGCCGGUUCGUCAAGCAGGGCGGCGACUUUGGCAAGGAUCUCAUUGCGAUCCUGCAGGAGCGCAUGGAAACCGAGCAGAUCUACGCGAAAUCGUUGUCCAAGAUCGCCAACAAACUGAACAAGGCGUGUCGCGAUCUGCCGGGCACGAUUGCCGACUCGUGGCGCGCGGUAUCAACGGAGAUCGAAAGCCGGGGCGAGGUUCACCGCACGUUUUCCAACUCGCUGGCGGAUGAGUUGGUAAAACCGCUUAAAGCGGUCCUGGACAGUCAGCACAAGGCGCGCAAAGCUAUCGAGAACAAUGUGGACAAAUCGGCACGCAUCUUGGCCGAGUGGAGGGCCACCGAGGUUAAGGGCAAGAAGAGUUCGCAUGCGGCCGCCAGGGAGAACGAGAAAUUGCAGGACGCCAUGUUGGAUGUGAAACUACAGCGUUCCCCUUCCCUGGGACUACUACAGAAAUCGAUCGAUAAAGAACCAAAAGCUUCGGAGAAGGACGGCUCCAAGCUGGACACCAAGCGCAAGAAGGCCGAAGACGCCGUCAAGAAGGCCGACGUUGAAUAUUACACCCUCUGCAUUCGUGCCGAACGCGCCCGUGUCGACUGGGAAAUGUCCGUACUAAGGGGCAGCUCGAUGCUACAAGCGCUGGAGAAUCAACGGUUGAAUCAUUUCAAAAAUUACGUUGCCAGCUAUUUCCGGCUAUCGUCCGAAAUGAACCCGGUGCUGUGCAAAAUCGUUGACCGCUUGGGACCCCAGCUGCAGCUGUGCAAUGUGCAGAAGGAUCUGGACGUGCUAAAGAAUAUCCGGCGGGCAACGGAGGGACCAAGCGAACAGCUGCUGCCGGACUUCUACUGCGAGCACACCACACUGGCAAUGAACCGGGAACGGCGAAAGCAAUCUCUGGUCAAGCUGCUGCAGCUUAUCCGUCAAGAUCUGGACCGGGAACGGCGCUCGAGGAAUAGUCUUAAAGGGUUUUCGCAAAGUUUCGAACCAAAUGUCGAGGGCAAUCAGAAUAUCGCCGAUAAGUUGUAUCACAUAAGAUCCAUGCUGACGUAUUUGGAGGGCGCCAGAUACAAGCUACAGUCGGCGCUGCUUGAGCUGGACCACAAGCCCCGAUCAAGUCAUCCGCUAGCACAGCACAUUCAGAUAACGCGAGACAGAACAGGUAUGCAGACGAGCGUACUGAAGGUUCCUUUGUGGUUAAAGAAUGAACAGGACGACGAUGACGGACAAGUGUCCAGCACGAAUGGAGGCUCAUCGGAAGUUGGUGAGUGCGUUGACAUCCGAAAUGACACACUGAUACGGCAUAUGUCACACAAAUACAGCCGGAGUAAGGAGUCUCCCGGAGAGGAAGAUCCCUAUACCAUCAAUAAAUCCAGCAAAUCGAACACACCUCCAAACGGGCAUGGUCCCCUGUGGGACCGCGGUGUGGCGGAUGGGGUUUCCAAUCAACCGGAUUCUGAUUUUGACGAAUUCUCCUCCCAGGACGAGGAAGAGGAUAGAAGCAGUGCUGGAUUGGCGAUCGAAAAUGGAGGCGGUGCACAUCAUCACAAUCAUCAUCACAGCAGCAACGGUGGCGGUGACACAGCGAUAGGGGAAAAUGGAACCACCACCACACCGACGGUUGUCCUUGGCCGCUGCCGGGCACUGUUCAACUAUACACCAAAGCUUUACGAUGAGCUCGAGCUGCAACCGGGCGACAUUCUAGAGAUUCACAUCAAGCAGGAGGACGGCUGGUGGCUUGGGUCGCUUCGGGGCCAAGUCGGCAUUUUUCCCGCCACCUACGUGGAGGAAAUCGAUUGAUGGUGGAUGAUGAAGACGAAGCCCUUGGGGGCACUCGCGAUUUGUAAAUAAUAAACGUGCGAAACGUUAGUUAGUAUGAGAAAGAGAGAUCUUAGAAUCUGCGUGAGUUUCAUAUUUAGUUAUCCUGAUAUCAAAGACUAUUAGCAAGUGACGGGAGAAUGUUUUAAAAACAGAUCACUUCUGCAGAUGUACUUGUUGAGUAAUUUAUUGAUAUUUCGUGCGCUGUUUUGUACUGUUAGGAUAAGUUUUUAACCCAAAUCUUUUUGUAGUCUCCCCGCUGAGGGUAGCAGAGGCAAUAACCCAAAAAUAUGUUCAACUCGAAGCAAUAUAAAUCACUUGUAAAUACUUUCGGAUGCAAAGAAAGCAACUGUUGAAAGGUUUUCCGUUAUUCGCUAUCCAGUAGAUUUUGGAAAGAUUUUAAGGCUAUCUAUACACAAAAGAAUAUAAAAAUAUUGUAAUACUAGAAACAUAAGAA